AUGGCGUCACCGACAGAGACGCUGAAGUCGCUGAACUCUGCGCGCGACAUUGUGCUCAAAGACCACACCUUGUAUACCCAAGUAGUGCCGGGCAUCAUCCAAGUCAUCUCACCUGCUGCCGUGCUCGAGCUCAGAAGAUGGGGCGCGGACUUCCUUGCAGAGACGUUCGCGUCGCAGGCUGUGACGGCGGAGGAGAAGCAGAGUAUGGCUGCGGGCGUGCUCGACACCGUAAAGGGCUACCUGAGCCGGAAGGAGGUGCUGGGAGAGGACGAGGAUCCUACCGUUGUCAAGAGUGCUGUACAAUGCGCUGCAAGCGUAUACCCAUUCGUCUUCAGGCACACCAUCGCAGAGCCAAAGGACACUGAGACUUGGGGGAAAAUGGCCGGGAUCAAGAGUAGCAUACUGCGCAGAAUGGAUACCGCGGAUCCAGGUGUGCGAAUAUGCUGCGUCAAGUUUGUGGCAUGCGUGGUCCAGACACAGACUCCUGGCCUGAUAGCAGACCCCAGGCGGCCAGAACAGAACGAAAUCAGUCUGGCACUCGUACCCCGAGAUCACCCUGUGAUCCCCCCGUCCAAUCUCGAAGCUGAGGCAUCAGGUUUGUUGGACAGACUGCUCGGCGUACUGCAAGAUUACCCGACCGAUCCACUGAUUGUCACUGCGUUGCUCAACUCGCUCGCUCCUCUGGCGCAUCGUCGCGCGACCAUCUCUAGCAAGAUUCUCACUGCAGUGAUAAGCUUCAAUCCAAUGAAGCUCGCCAGCCGCCAAAUGAGUGGCAGAGACAAGAUCGCAAUCCGGAGUAUGACGCGCACCGUGAUGUCGUUCCUGAUGAACUGCAUCAAACGGAAUCACAAUAAUGCCUUCUCGGCUCGAAUACAGCAGCAGCUGGAGCGGCUCAGGCACGGCUUGAUCGAAGUGUUCUCGGAUAAUCACCAGCACAAACGCCCAGCUCCAGACGAGCCAGUCGACGGAUUGGACGACGCAAAGCGUCAGAAGCUAGAUGCCGAAGCUACCAACGGUAUAGCACCCCUACAGCAACGACCGCCAACCUACCCUCCCCUGCCGCCUGGACCUGUGUCUCUCGCGCAAUUGUGGACACUGACCACCGACCCACAUGUGUCUUCAUUCCACGCGGAGCGUCUACCAGCUUCUGUAUUACCACAGCUUGUACCCGCUCUUGUUAGUUCCCUCAGUCACGUCCAGAUUAACGAUGCGAUAAACGUUGUGCGCUCGCGAUGGUUGCACCUCGGGAAACAGAACUCAGCCGCUCCGCUCGAUUCGAGACCUGCUCUCAGCGACGAAGAUGAUGACGACUAUGACCCAUUAUCGUCAUUUGGCGGGGAGGCAGAGCAGACCAUGAAUCAGCUUGACCAAAUGCCUCCUAAUGGCGUUGCCAACGAUGUGGCUAUUGGGCCCUUCAACCUCCCCACUGCACCUGCCAUUACAGAUCAAAAUCGGCCGGACUACAACAAAGCGUCAUUGAGCCGAAUCUUCGACACCGUCGCCGAACAUGACCGAGACACGAAGCUGAAGGGCAGAUCUGCUUCCACUGAGCACGGGUUCAAUCGUUUGAUCACUGUGUCGACGUCUGGCGACGGAAGGGAGGCCUGGUUAACGCUGGUGACAAGACUAGCUACGCGUGCCUCGUUCAGUCCUGAAGGCAGCAACGAUAUGCUGAAGGAAGAAGGCAAAGGUGGCGUUGUUGCUAAGAAGGGCCGGGCAUUUGAUCUACCUACUGGAAUAAGGGAGCAGCUUCUCAACUAUGUCAUGGAGAACUUCCGAGGACGAAUCGAUAUUGCUAUCAUGUGGCUGACUGAGGAAUGGUACUCAGACGUCUUAUCGCACAAGCAGCGCAUGAACGAGGAAGCAGAGGACCAGACGAGAGAUUUGCCCCACUACUGGCACUGGACGUUACGGCUCUUCGACGCUAUGAUACCAUACUUUGAUGUGAAGGAUGGCAGAAUCCUAAUACGUUUCCUAUCCGAAAUUCCUGCCAUCAACAGCUCCGUUCUACAGAGGGUGAAGAAGGUCGCGGAGGAUCCGGAGCGAGUACAGAUCAGUGCGAAUGCGCUGCUCUAUUUGAUCAUGUUCCGUCCACCUGCGCGAGACAUGGCACUGAAUUGUACGGAGGAAAUGUGGAGGGAAAACAAAGACGCGAAGACGGCCGCAAAGAAGAUCCUCAUCAAGUACCGGUCGAACGUGGUGGAGGAAGAAGCUAAGACAGAAGCUUUAAAACCGGAGACGUAG